AUGUUUAGCUCACUACUACCGCGCCCUAAGCAUUCCAACUACAACCCCAAACUCCACUACACCGCAUCACCACAAAAUAAGACCAGCACACCAUCAACAUCAGCACUUACAGCACCUCGACUGAACUACGAAUCGGUCCUUGUUCUACCCACUCCAGACUCCACCACUACUAAUCGCAGCAAAGCUAAAACUUACGAUGCCACAAUCCCUCUCAAGAUCAAAUUCCCCAACUUGAUACAUCAUUUCCCCAUACCUCCACCCGAUUCUCAAAUAAUCGAAGAAACGCGAGCUAUAUUUACAUCAUUACUUGACGCUAAAUUGGGCACUCAAAAGAAAGAACAAACUACAUAUAUAAGCUAUACAGGAGAUAUGCCUAGCAAUGUUGCUGCCAAUGGUGGUGGUGGUGAUGGUAAUGGUGAUGGUGCUAAUGCUGACGCCGAUGUUGGUGAGGACAAGAUCAUCCAAAUUGAAACAAUGCAAGAAGACCCCUUACUUCCACCUAAACACAAGUUGCGGAAAAACCGCCACGAGCGCCACGAUCAAGAACAAGAAACAGGCGCCAUCUUGAAAAAGCCAACAAAAGUGAGCAAGGAAGACCGACAGAAAUGGAAUAUCCCCGCCGCGAUCUCGAAUUGGAAGAAUAAUUCGGGGUUUACUAUUGCGUUGGAUAAGCGUGUCAUUGGUGGCGCUGGUGGUGCAGGCCCUGAUGGCAAUAGUGAUGAUGCGUUGAAUGUAGAAAAGUUUGGCGCAUUGAGUCAAGCGUUAACCAAUGCCGAAGUUCAAGCACGAGAGGAUAUAUCGCGCCGUAAUGAGCUUAGGCAACAGUUGGAAUUGAGGGAAAAGAGACAACGCCAAGACAGGAUUAGGGAAAUCGCCAAUAGGAAUGAUCAUAAACGAAGGAGAUACUAA